AUGUCUGCUCUAGCAGGAGUAAAGGGUGAGACAGGUUCACAGGCAGCAAAAUCGUUGUACCGACAAUUAUUACGACAGGGAGCGCAGUUUGCAUCAUACAAUUUCAGAGAAUACGCCAAACGGAGGACGAGAGAUGCAUUCCGAGAGCAUAAGGAUGUGACGGACUCUAGAGUGAUUCAGGAACUCAUGCAGAAGGGCUUAAAGGAACUACAAUCUAUGAAGAGACAAACAGUUGUCAGUCAAUUCUUCCAGUUGGACAGACUUGUGGUCGAAGGAGGCAAAUCGGGAAAGCAAGGCGGCCAGAGAAAUGACAUAGUCAGACAGAAAGAUACUGGAUGGGAUUGA